CGUCAACUUCCUAUAAACUUCACGUCAUGGCAGAGAAGAGGGCUGCGUCUGGGCAAUCACUGUUGUUUUUACUAAUUUCGGUGACUCUACUACAUUUGUUUAUUUGUCCUUUUACAAAAGUUGAAGAGAGUUUCAAUUUACAGGCAGUGCAUGAUAUUCUUUAUCACAGACUUGAUUUUGAAAAGUAUGACCACCAUGAAUUCCCUGGUGUGGUGCCACGGACAUUCCUUGGACCUGUGUUCCUAUCAACGGUCUGUUCCCCACUGGUCUACCUGCUGUCACUACUGGAGGCUUCCAAAUUCUACACACAGCUGAUGGUGCGAGGUUGCCUGGGAGUGUGUGUGACGUUAGCUCUAUGGCGCAUGCAGAGGGAGGUUCGGAGGCAGUUUGGGUCGACAGUUGCGGGACUGUUCUGUCUCACCUGCGCCUCACAGUUCCAUCUCAUGUUCUACAGCACGAGACCCCUCCCCAAUGUAUUUGCACUGCCAAUAGUCCUGUUGGCGUUCACUGCAUGGAUGGGGCAGAGGUACGGGUCCUUCAUCUGUCUCUCUGCUCUCGUCAUCAUCGUGUUUAGAUCAGAACUGUCUCUCUACCUGGGUCUUAUGCUGCUCAUGUCACUACUGAGCAGGAGGCUGGGGAUCCUCCAACUGCUCUACUAUGCCAUUCCUGCAGGUGCUCUGUCACUAGCUUUGACUGUCGGCAUUGACUCAUUAUUCUGGAAUAAGCUGAUUUGGCCCGAGGGCCAGGUACUCUGGUACAACACCAUCCUGAACAAGAGCUCCAACUGGGGAACCUCCCCCUUUCUGUGGUACUUCUACUCUGCUCUGCCCCGUGCCCUGGGCUGCGCAGUGCUGUUCGUCCCCCUAGGCCUGCUGGACAGACGGACACGCAUCCUGCUGCUGCCUACUGUAGGAUUUAUCCUGCUCUACUCUUUCCUGCCCCAUAAGGAGCUACGCUUUAUCCUCUACACCUUCCCUGUGCUGAAUAUAGUGGCCGCACGGGGCUGCUCCUUCAUUCUGAACAACUACCACAAAUCUUGGAUGUAUAAACUUGGCUCCUUAAUCGUGGUUGGCCAGUUGGUGACAAAUGCUGCAUACUCCAGCAUAUCUCUGUACGUGUCCCAUCACAACUACCCUGGAGGCAGGGGGUUGCAGGUACUACAUAAACUAGUACCGUCUACAUCAGAUGUCUCGGUUCAUAUUGAUGUAUUUGCUGCCCAAACUGGAGUGUCACGUUUCUUAGAACUGAACAGAAACUGGAGGUAUGACAAGAGAGAAGACAUUGGCCCUGGACACCCUGAUAUGAAGACAUACUCCCAUGUUCUGAUGGAGGCCAAUGCCACCCAGAUAGCACUACUCAAAGGCUCCCACAUGCCUUUGGUCUUCAUCCAAGGUUACAGCAACAUGACGUUGAAUGCCUUUCGGUUUCCUUUCUUCAGUAUAAACCUGGGAGGCAAACUGGUGUUGCUAGAAAGAGUACCUGACCCUGAGCAUCCCAGUUGAACUGAGGACAGUGAUGGUAGUUUUUCAGGAUUUAGUAUUUUCUUAUGACCAAAUUGUAAAUAACCUAAACUAAAUUGCAGUGUAUUGAGUGUUCUGUUGUUUUCAAUCACUCUUUUGGGAUAUAAGUUGGUUGGAGCCAGGUAUUGGUAGAAUACACUGAUCGGAUCACCUGCUUUAUUUUUUAAUAUGUGAAUGACUAAAAUGUGACUGGCCAGGCCAGCUUAGAUCUCCAUUCACAUGCAAAGAAAGUGUAUAUAGGCCUUUCAUUACUUCAACUGAAAAUUAUCCAUGACAAUGCACUUAUCCUCCAAUUUUACUCCACCAAACCAGGUAACUGGUUUACUGUCUUUAACACUUCCUUCAAACAAAGUGGUCAAAUAACCACAGUUCAAUAAUUGCCAUCCUUCAAAACUGCAUUAUUUUCUGAAAUAGGUUCCAAGAACUCAUUAUGCUAUUGCUCCAUUUAAUGUGUUUUGUAUGUAUUUAUAAUUUCCCAUAUGAACAAAACAGCUCAUCGUGAGCUUUGGAAUAAAACUGAAGAGGAAAUGUGAAAAAUACAUUGUCUUGUUUGUUGACUUAGAAGGAAGUACUUGUGCCACUUGAGGCAAUAUUACAUGCUUCUAGAGACCACUGUUUUCAGAAAGGUUACAUUUAAAUGUUGCAAAUAAACAACAUUCCCUGGUGA